CUUCCGUGUCCUGAAUCUUUGGCAUAUCUUACAUACCACGACCGCUUGCCGUCUGAACUUUAGACGAGCACUUCGGCGUGAUGCUAGUCGGGUGGGGGCUUAUCCGGCGCUGUAAGCUAUGUCAGGUAUUGGUCAGGACGCGCAAGGGCCACCGCAAGCCACAUCUGCGGACGCCCAGGUCCCUUCCGUUCCGCCAAACGUCCUGUUUGCCCCAAAUAAGGUGGCUCCAGACCCGGAAAUCAAAACCGAUGGACCCAGAGGCCCGGCAGGAAAAAGCGACGAGGCUGCUGCCGCCUGGACUCCUCCUGCUGGUGUCAACAUGGCAGAUGUGAUCAGCGGAGGUCCAGAGCCGACCCGCACCAAGAUCGCCAAGUACCUUCAGCAGUUUGACAAGAACCAGGAUGGCCACAUUGAUGUUGACGAGCUCACCAAUCUGGUCCAGGGAUACGCGCUGGAGCGUCAAAGCAAGAAGAUGCUCAUACGCGUGAUCAUUGCACUCGUCAUAUUCGGCAUUCUGUUGGUGGGAGCGCUGACGGGAAUGACGUGGGGCGUGGUGUUUGCUCUGAAAGACAGCAAGAUCAAGAACGGUGUCAUGUACGACGCCGAUGCGCCCGACCAAGUCAUCCAAGUCGCCAACAACGAACUAACGGUUGUUGGCGGGGUUCUCGUAAACCGCCAAGCGUUGGCCACGUCAGCUUCUGUCGCCAUAUCCGCUGCAGCCGCAGCCAACGGUACAACCACCGGCUCUGCAGCGUCUAGCAGCAGUGGUGGUGUCGAUGGCAGUGCUGUACUUCGUACGGCAACCUUUGUUGGCACCCCGCAGAAGUUCACGAGUGAGGUCUCUGUGCGCGCGCUUAUGGAGCUCAAGUACCUGUACAUCCAAGGUGCCGGCCAGGUGGAGGUGGCGCUCAUCGUACUGGGUGUGGCUCGUGUGCCGGUCGCAAACAGCGUGCACGGCACUGUCGUGAAGAUCAUCACCAUGGCAGGCACCAUCACGCUUGACGGUACGGCAAUCGACUUUGAUGAGGUGCUGGCGCCUAUCUUCGUGGAGGCGGGGUUCAUCGUGUCAACCAGCCGCCGUAGCCUGCUUGGCAUCUAUGACAUUCUGGGGUUCUUCAACUACAUCGAGGAUGUCAACGUCUUCAACCUGCCCUCCGGAGAGCCGCGACCCAGGCUACCCAGCGGCAACUUCCGUAUGAGGCUGCAGAUCUACGAGCAGUGCUCCAUACCCAUGAAGCCCAAGGUGGACCGCUGCGCCUACCUCCUCCCCGCCGCCCCCGCCACCCCGCCCCCGCCCGGCGAGCGCUCCCCCCCGCCGCCUCCCAUGCAGUUCCCAGACUACGACUCCCCCACCGCACCACCUCCCGCCUCUCCGCCCGGUGCCUCAUCGGGCCGCCGCCGUCUGCAGCAGACGACCCCAACCGGCACACCGUAUUCCAGCAUCCAGCAACCCAACUACCCCAACCCGCCCCCCGCGGACUUUGCGUCACCUCCAGGUGGCGACUGGUUCUCUGCGACCCCCCAGUACAACCUCUCCGCGGGCGCCUGGGCUGACCUGGCGGGUACUGUGGUGAUCAACCGCACCCGAUACAUGGUCCACACCGAAUCCUCCACCCUGUGGAACGGGCUGGUGCGCACCGUGUACCAGUUCUCGCAGUUCCCGGACUUCAUGCGGGUGGAGGUGGCCAACAAUGACACCGGCGUCCUGCACUCCUGGGUGCAGCAGGUCAGCUCCAGCGGCGGUCAGCUGCUGCUGGGUUCCACCUACCACUGCGGCAUCAAGCCCUACUCGCUGGCCGCACACAGCUUUGGCAACCCCAACGAGACGCUCGUGAACUUCACCUUUGUUGGUUACGACGAACACCAGAACAGAUCCGCCCGGCACUUCCGUCUGGUUGUGAAGCAGCCGGAGCGACAGAGCUUCCUGGCGAAUGCCUCCCUGCCGCCGCCGCCCAAGACCAUCACUGUGGACUACUGGGACUCGCGGUCCGGGGGCAUUCCGCUGGGCUUUGAGUUCAACCACCCCUGGCUGGGUCGCACCAUGAUCCAGGUCACUGACUUUGUGCAGCUCAACGGGGAGGAGGUCGACCCAGGUGACUUCAUCUUCCCGCUGGAAGACCCGGCCAACAGCGUCUGCACCAAUGACACCACCAUCCCGCGCCUCAUCUCGGCUUUUGACAGCCCGGACCCCUACGACAGCGCAGGUGUCGCCGCCGCUACCGGGGUUGUCAACCAACGACGGCUGAUGCGCCAACUGGAGUCCUGGAGGGACCAAGAUGACAACGCAGUAGCUCAAGAUGACGACGGCCUCGUCAUCAUCCACAGCAGCAGCAGCAGCACCGCCUCCACCUCCAGCGGUGCCGGCGGUACGGCCCUCGCCUCCUCCUGGUCAACAAGAUCUGGAUCGUCAUCCGGGCUACGACGCCGGCGACUGCUCACAUCCAAGAAUGAGGAGAUGUUUGCGUUCGCUUCCUUCACGGCGCUUGAUAAGGAUCUCUGGUGCGGCGGAACGGAUGUGAACCUGUACAAGAUUGAGGUGAAGCCCUGCGAGUUUGCGAUUGCCUUUGCGGGAGCCACCGGGGACUACCCCUACAUUGAGUUUGGCUGCGGAGGCGGACUCCCUGGGCUGCCCCUCGACCUAACUGGGCACGUGAACGUCGACCUGUGCCCCUCAAACACCUUUGUCGAGGGCUGCCUUGAGCUGAGUUUGGGGCUGAAGGGGUUGAUAGAGAUGGUGGCAAAGGUUGAGGAGGAUGGCAUGUUGGGAGAGUUUCUGGAUAUGAUCACCAUGCUCUCACUCGAGGUCUGCGCUGGCUAUAACUUCAACGAGAAGUUUGGCUAUGUGACGGGUCAUCUGUCCCUCAGCGUCAUCGUGGUCAAGGCGGAACUGAUUGUGACCAUCAACAUCAUCCCCACUCGCGUUUGGAUUGAGUCGGUCAACUUCAAGGUAUCGCUGGGCAUCAACCUGUUUGUGUGGUCGUACUGGUCGGAAGUGGGCGACUGGAAGUUUGCGGAGAACUACAUCAUCUGGGGCGAGCCGCUCCCGGAGGAGGACCCGGCUCCGGGGUCGCCUAGUCCCGUUGCGGCACCGCAAAAGUACAUCCCAAUGCUGCGUACGAAGGGUAUGAACACCUUUUACCUGGGCUGCUACAAGGACGCCCAAUUUGAGGGGCGCAUCAUUCCGAAUGGCCGCCUGGAUAUCGGCAAAACCGUCACCGUGGCAAACUGCCGAGCAGCCGCGAUUAAGAAUGGUUACCGUUUCUUCGGUUUGGAGAACGGCAAUGAGUGCUGGAUGACCAACGACAUUUGGACGACGACCAGGAACGGCCAAACGUACGAUACACAGUGCAACCUAAAGUGCACCGACGGUUCCAAGUGUGGAGGCAAUUUGGCCAUGAGCUUGUACGACAGCGGUUAUCUGGGCUGCUUCAAGGAUAGCUUUGAUCGCCUGGUCCACAGCUUCCGCUUUUCUGACCCGCCGCAAGUUUACGCUGCGUAUCGUGGCAACAUGACGAUUGACAAGUGCCGCGCCGAGGCGUUGAAAUACGGCUUUGAGUACUAUUCCCUGCAGGCGGGGUCCGAGUGCUGGGCCACAAACGCCAUUGCACACGCCACGCAGAACGGUCCCAGCUCUCGUUGCACUCAAAGCUGUCAGGGCUAUGCCAACGACUGGCUGGCUCAGAACCCACUCUCGGUGUACCCCGAGCCAUGCGGUGGGCCGUUCGCCAACCUGCUGUUCAGCACGGUGCCCGACGUGGCCAGGAUUCCCUUCCGCGGCACAGAUAGUCCCACUGCCUGGGUGGGUUGCUACAACGACCUGCCUGAGGACCCGCUCAUGGUGCUGGUCAUGGAGAGCAACACCUCCAUGAACGCGCAACUGUGCAGAUGGAAGGCCAACGAAUACGGCUUCCGCUACUUUGCCGUACAAACGGCACCAUGUGCAUGGGCUCCAACAACCUAACCAUGGCCACCUCCUCCGGCCCCAGCCGCCGCUGCAAUGCCACCUGCGGCCGGCCGGCUUCCCUCCCGGCGCCCCGCGGCAUCACCCCGACCAUGUACAACAGCCCCGGACAGUGCGGAGGUUCACUAGCCAAUGCCAUUCAGGAUAGUGGCUACCUCGGCUGCUUCCUCUUCCCAGAUGGCUUUGCCAUGCUUGGAAAGUACAUGACGGACCUUACGGACACCAGCCUGCCGUUGUACGUCACUCCUGACACAUGCAGGGAUGCGGCUGUGAAGAAAGGCUACAACAUCUACGCUCUCCGGGAGGGGGUGUACUGCAGCGGCGGCUACUUCCGAGACAUCAACACCAUCACCACCCGCACCCCCGGCUACGGCCCUGCAUUCACCUGCACCUCUCGCUGUGCCGGCACGGAGACGGAGGACACGAAGAACGGCUCCACCUACGCAAUCUGCGGCGGAACGAAGGUCAUGUCACUCUACCAAAUCGUGCUACCGCCCUCCCCGCCGCCGCCGCCUUCACCUCCCCGCCCACCUGUUCCUCCCUCUCCACCCUCUCCACCUCCCUCCCCGCCCCCAUCACCUCCUCCAAGCCCCAGCCCGCCGCCACCUCCUCCGCCCUCUCCUGCUCCCCGGCCGCCCUCACCUCCCCCCACGCCGCCCUCGCCUCCAUUGCCGCCACCGUCGCCGCCGUCGCCUAGCCCCAGGCCGCCGCCUGUUCCGCGCCCUCCGCCACCUCGGCCGCCGCCGCCUUCACCGCCUCCGCCUCCUUGGUACAAUAAGCUGUUCACGCCAAUUUGGAUGUGGUAAUCCGCGGUAACUAUUUCGGUGACCUAUUUUCCGUACGUCUUCCUUGGCCUUUUUUUCUAGCCUUAAGACCUGCAUUGUUAACUGCCCCCUAUUAUUAACUACUUGCCGGUAUUGCUUGCACGCGAGAUGGCACUGUGGAUGAUUAGGAUGCCGUGCAUAUGGGUAUUGGAGGAUUGAGGAUGAGGAUUGGAUGAUUGAGAUGCCGUGCACAUAGGCAAAUGGUGGGCACGUGGGCAAACAAUUGAAUAUGGAAAAUCGCUCACGCAGAGAUCCCUUGUCCCUGAGUAUGCGGUGCUACGUGGACGUACCAAUGUCAGCCGGUUAAUGUUAGCUUCCGUGUCAUGGUGCCAUAUGGCACUGUUGAAUUCUUGAAAUAUCUAUGGGGCCUUGAUUAUCUGUCUGGAUGCGACUUGGCAGUUAAGAAGAGCCGCACGGCUACGUUUUCCUUUUGUACGAUUGAGGCGCAUUUUGUUGUCUUGACUGGAAACGCAGCAGUUUCCGCCGUGAGCCGUGCUUUGUGCUGCCGUACGGUGCUGUGAAUCUAUCGCUAUGUCCUUCGCAAUGUUUAGGUUAUAGUACCCUGCAUUUCACCAGGGAACUGCUGGCGGGUUCCAUUUAAAACUGUUGCUUGUGUCCGCGUGCGUGUUAGUAUUUGAAAUUCAUACUUGUUGGUGUUUAUGCCGUACGCGCAUGGCAAUUUGCUACAGGACUCGAUUUGUGUCGUAGCAGGGCAUUGCGCUGGUCUGUUUCCUGUUGCCUGUGAGGAAGGGAUUGUCCUAUUUUGCAAAGCAUUUCCAAAACCUUUCAUGUUGAUAUGUGUCCUUGGGGGCUUUCAGGGCCCGCUCAGGGCUUUUAAUACGUUUGAGCUUAAACUGCGCAUAGUUUAUAACAGUACAAGUCGCAUACACGCUUUGGCCAAGACCAGUGCCUGCCUCCAGUCCGUUUGCUCGAGUGCUGGUCACGUACCAUGCAUUGCAUGUAACUACGUAACCUCUGAAAAACA